UUCGUGCGCGAGUGCGGUGUGGUUGCUAUCGUUCGUCAAAAUGACUGAAACUUUAAAGCUCAGGGGCACCUUGUGCGGCCACAAUGGCUGGGUUACUCAGAUUGCCACCAAUCCCAAGUACCCUGACAUGAUUUUGUCUUCUUCCCGAGACAAGACCCUCAUCGUAUGGAAACUGACCAGGGACGAGACCAACUACGGAAUCCCCCAGAAGCGUCUGUACGGCCACUCUCACUUCAUCAGCGACGUGGUCCUGUCCAGCGACGGCAACUACGCUCUCUCUGGCUCGUGGGACAAGACCCUGCGUCUGUGGGACCUCGCCGCCGGCAAGACCACCAGGCGUUUCGAAGACCAUACCAAGGAUGUCCUCUCCGUCGCCUUCUCUGUUGACAACCGUCAAAUCGUAUCUGGAUCCCGAGACAAGACCAUCAAGCUGUGGAACACCCUUGCCGAGUGCAAGUACACCAUCCAGGACGAUGGCCACAGUGACUGGGUGUCCUGUGUGCGAUUCUCACCGAACCAUGCCAACCCCAUCAUUGUGUCUGCUGGUUGGGACCGCACCGUGAAGGUCUGGCAUCUGACCAACUGCAAGUUGAAGAUCAACCACUUGGGCCACUCCGGCUACCUGAACACAGUGACUGUCUCCCCCGACGGCUCGCUCUGCGCGUCCGGAGGCAAGGACAUGAAGGCCAUGCUCUGGGACCUGAACGAUGGCAAGCACCUGCACACGCUGGACCACAACGACAUCAUCACAGCCCUGUGCUUCUCGCCCAACAGAUACUGGCUGUGCGCUGCCUUUGGACCCUCCAUCAAGAUCUGGGAUCUGGAAAGCAAGGAGAUGGUUGAGGAGCUCCGACCAGAGAUCAUCAACCAGACCCAGACCUCCAAGUCUGACCCUCCCCAGUGCUUGUCCCUUGCCUGGUCCACUGAUGGACAGACCCUCUUCGCUGGUUACUCUGACAACAUCAUCCGAGUCUGGCAGGUGUCCGUCUCAGCCCGAUAAGAAGACUAAGAUACAAGUUUCAUUUAUUUUUGUGCUGCUGAAUAUGUAUCGUAUUCAAUAUCUAUGAGGACAGAAAUAAAUGGAAUUCUCUAGAUUA